UUAGCUCAGCUGCCCAGGCGUCGAAGGGCUGAUAAAACUACGAAUUUCUCUUAUAAAUGCGAUCUUAAUAAUUUAUAAAGAGGUUUAUAGACUAAAUCAUACCUUUAAACAUCAUUUAUCGUUGCAUUUUGAGCUGUUACGCUGCAGAAGUGGUGACUUUUGGAAAUAAUUUGUGUGUUGAUUUUGUGGGCGACGUUAGGUGGCGCUAACCGGAAGUUGAAAAUGUAAACAACAACAUGUGCGAUGUACAUGUAUACGUCUGUAGUACGUUUUAGUUUACUCCAACUUUCGAGAUGAGUGUUCAGGUAAAAACUCCGACAAAGACGGUAUUUGGUGUUGAAAAAAGUUUUUCUUCACCCGAGUGUAUGAGAAGAUCAAAGGAUGAUUUGAGUAUUCGAAAUGAACGUAAAUUCUCACAACCUUGGAGCAGAAAAAGGCGUUUUAGUCAGAGUUACAAACGCGAUGAAGGUUUGGCGAGGAAGAAAAGAAUAAAAUCAUCAUCAUGCACAGGUCCUUUACCUUCAAAGUUCCUAAACGGUGGAAACAUUGAUGAUCCCCUGAACUUGAAUGGGCUUGAACAUACGGAACUUGGGCGGGAGUUGAAUGCAGUUACUCCACAGUCUUCACCAUUACCGGCUCCAAGGAGACAUUCUGUUUCUGUCAGAAUUCCUGUCAAUUAUACUGAUCCAUUGCAUCUGAAUGAGAGUGAUGAGUCAUAUGAUUCUAUGAGCCGAAAACGAUCCAGGAGUAGACAUAAGAAAAAAGAUGAUGAAUCAAUUUUCAGUCCACCCAAGUAUGAACUGAAAGAUAAGAAGCUAAUGGAAGCUUUAAAGAUUGAAAUUGACUCAGAGAAUAUUAAUGAUGAUUCUCUAGAAAGUGAAACGGCUAAACCUAAAGAGUUUCAGAGACCCAAACAAGUGGUUGACAAAAUAGUGUCUCCUGUGAUUCCACAGUUUUCACCAAAAAGUAAGAAAAGAAGGAGAACAAACAGUGGGUCUAAGGUUGAUUGUUCAGGAACGGCUAGAUCUCAAAUUUCAACAUCAUCAUCAACAUCAUUAAGUCAUUGCAAGCAAGAUAAAAGAACCCCACCGAAACCAAAGUUUAAUAAACCAAGACCACCAGUCUAUAAAUCUGAAGGAAAUAAAUCCACAGAUGGCAAAAAACACCCGAAAUUCAUUUAUGGCAAUUAUAACAGAUAUUAUGGGUAUAGAAAUCCAGCCAUGGAAGAAGAUAAGAGAUUAAAAAUAUUAAAGCAAGAAUGGUUUGAGAACAAAUCAGUGCUAGAUAUUGGCUGCAAUGUUGGACAGCUGACAUUGUCUCUUGCCCUGAACUAUCAGCCCAAGAAAAUAACUGGAAUAGACAUUGACGCAAAUCUCAUCAAUGCAGCAAGAAAAAAUAUUCGCUACUACAUGUCAUCUAACUUGGAAGAAGCAGCGAAGUUUCCAAUUUCCAACAUCUUAAGCUACGGCCCCAUUGUGGCACCACCAGUUUCACAAGAAACCUCCAGCAAGGCAUUGGUCUUUCCACAGAAUGUCCUUUUUAAACAGGGCAACUUUGUGCUUGAAAAUGAUGAGAUGCUGGACCUACAGAAGGAAGAGUAUGAUGCAAUCCUAGCCUUAAGCGUUACCAAAUGGGUGCACUUCAACUGGGGUGACGAGGGACUGAAGAGGUUCUUCAAGAGGGUUUACAAGCAGCUGAGGCCUGGAGGGAGGUUUAUCCUAGAGCCACAACCUUGGUCCUCUUACAAGAAGAAAAAGAAGCUGACACCUGCCAUCCAUGAGAACUUCAAGAACAUCCAUCUACGCCCUGAACAGUUCACAGACUACCUGUUGUCUCGGGAGAUUGGUUUUAGCACCUGUAACACUGUGGAUGUUCCCUAUAAUGCAUCCAAGGGAUUUCGAAGGCCGAUUCUCGUGUUCGGCAAGCCAGACACCAUCCAAAGCAGCCCAUGGUCUGAGAUCGGCAACGCCACCCCCAUACCAAGCAAAUAUCAGAUCCACAAUCCUAUACCCGAAUCUGAAGUCACUGAAGACAGUUCUUCAUCUUCAAACUCUUCAUGUUCACAGUGUUCAUCAGAGUAUUCUGAAUCAUCCAGCCAAGCUUCGAGUCUGGCUAAUUGUGACAAGAUUAUGGCCAACAUUGAGAAAAGUUCACUUAAAGUGAGUUUCAGUUUUGAUGCCCUGAAGGAAGAUGAAGGCGUAAAAGUUGACACUGAAGGUAUUAAAGAUAAAGGGAAUGUUGAAAAACAAGAUGGUGACAUAAGUGCUAUGGAUCUUGAAGUAGCAAGUGUGGAAGAAGUGAAAGCAAACCAGGUUGACUCAGAAAAUUUUGAUGGCAAAAAUGUGGUUGAAAAAGGGAUAUAGUCUUCAUACUACCAUGUAGCUAUCUUUCAACUGAAGAGGAAGAUACAAUUGCAAUGUAAUUAGACACAACCUAACUACAGAAGAAUUUAAGAUAUUUAGUUACUCAUAAUAUCUAGGGUUUUAGCCAGGUUUUAAAAAGGACAGGGUGCUGCAGAAAGGGGACAGGGUGUUGCAGACAGGGGACAGGGUGCUGCAGAAAGGGGACAGGGUGCUGCAGAAAGGGGACAGGGUGCACAGUGCUUAGGGACAAGAGGGCACAUUGUAUCUGGCAGUGAAUAAUUAUAGCAUUAUGAAUUUUAUAGAAAAUGUUUGGAAUUGUCCUUAUUUAAAGUUAUAUUAGGUUUCAACUACCAAAUAUGUAAAGUUUGUAUGAAUUCAUAAUCAUAUUUCAGGUUUUUAUAAAAACAAGAAAUAUUUGAUUAUCUUAAAGAUGCACUCUUACUCCCAAAUAAGAUUUACCACAAUUAAUACUAUUGUUUUAAUAUUCCUAAAAAUAUGGAUAAAUGUCGAAAACAAUAGUUAUUAUGAAGGAAACUGAGUUUAAUUUGAAAGAGAGCAUCAAAUACGUUAUUUCUACCUUAUGACACUAUACUAGACAGUAAAUCUUUUAACAUUCACCAAUCAUUUAAUAUUUAUGCGCUUUCUGCUAUCAAAUACACGGUUACAAUCUUGUUAUCGGUAAUUAAUAUUUUCCAUAAAUGCAUUAUUUAGUAAGUAUUUAAAGGUUUAUCACUCAAAAUUAUUAUUGUUAUACAUGUGUAUGUAUUGAUUUUGAAUAAGAGUGUCACUUUAAGCAUUUUAUUCUUUAAAGGCAGUAGGGUGCAUAAUCUGGUCUCCAUGAAGGCAGAAGGGUUCUUAAAAAAGGACAGGGUGCAGCACCCUCACAUACCCUCUAGCUAAAACCCUUAACAUCUUUACAGAAAUGUGCUACCAGCAGAUAGUGCUAUAAAGAGUGAAAGACCGUGUUAAAGUAAGCAUGAUUAAUCAGUUUAUGUGUGCAGGGCUUCCAUCAAUAAUUUGUAAUUGGAACUUAGUGGAAGUAUGAACAUUCCCUGAAAUGUUGAUUUUUAUGUCUUUUGAACAUAAGAUUUUCUUCACUAUUCUUCAAGAGUGCUACCCAAAAAGGACAUGGUGCAACACCCUGCCAUAAAUCUUGAGAUAAAAACUGUAUUUUGGUAUGGCAGCUACAGUCUAACAGACUCACCAUACAUAUUGAUAAAUUUGUGACUUACUUGUAUGCAUUUGUCAAAUGUACAUUUAGUGCUUAAUAUGAAAAUCCUUAUUUUGUCAACAGUAGUGUUAUACGGGCAUUCACAUUGAUGAUUAUAAUAAUGCUUAUUGUGUAAAAAUUUGGUACAUUUUUUUAAUGCUUUGCUAUAGAAUUUUAAUGAAUGAAAUUUGAUAGUUGAAAAAAAAAGUUAAUGGUAAAUAAAAUUAUAAAGUAUAAUGCAUUUUUAGCUGGUCUUUUUUUGUAGAAAAAAGGUUUAGUCAUUUUCAAAGCCUUGUUGUGGUGCCUUGUUCGCAUCAUGAUUAUGCAAAACCUUUAAACCUGGCUGAAAACCCCAGCUUUUCACAUGAAACUUGGUGCACAUGUUACCACUGACUACAGGCCCAUACACUUGUCUAUAAAGAUUGAACCGUGCCCCUUGAUUGUCUGAAAAAGAUGUGCAAAACCUUGAUUUUAAAGCACAUCUAACAAAAACAAUAGGCUUAAAUAAUUUUCCAGUUAUUCCCAUUGACUGUCUAAGGGGAAAACAUGCUACUGUAGUAUAACAUUAACCUUGGCCUGAGGAAGAAUUAAAUCUUCAGAUAUUAAGGCGAAACUUUUUUGAUAAAAAUUGGGCAGAAAUUCAGCCCAAUUCACUAUCCCUAAAAGUAAACAUUUUUCACAAAUAUCGGACUUGACAUUCACAUCCAUUUUACUCUUAACAACUAUCACAGAUAUGUAUGAUUUCAAUCUUAGGCCCUUUAAAUUCUUCAAAUCCAGGAGCAGCUUUGCUUUGUUAAUUUGUUUGAAGUAUAUUAUGGUAUCAAAAUACACAAUUUUAGGCAUUUUGCUGCUAUUUUCACAAUUAGAAGGGCCUUUACCCCCUUAAUAACAAGAUCCGGAAAAAAAACACUAACUUAUUUAAUAUGGUAACAAUUUUCAGUGACAAUACACAUGCACAAAGCCCAUAGCUAUAAUGAUUAGUCGAGGUACGCCCCUUAUCAAGUUGGUGGGAAAGAUGGCAGAUGAGCAUUGGAAGCCAGAUGUGGUGCUCUUGUUUGGAAAGUGAAGCAAGUUUUAUGUAACAUAAAUUUACAUGAAAUAUAUUCUGUACACUUUCUAUAUUUUAGCCGAUCUUGCAAUUGAAUGACAUACUGGUAUGGUUGUUCUACCUCUUCUAAAGCAUAACAAAUUUUCAAGCUAAAAUACUUGUUUUACUGACUAUUCUUCGUUACUUUGCAAACUUGGUACGCAUUUAUUAUUAUGAGUCAACUUGUUAUGUAUUUGAAAUUUGUAUUUCAUGGAAACUCAUAAAAAAAUGAUUGUCUCUCUGAAGAAAAGUUGAACUAUUAUGAAGUGUGCAUUGCAAAGAACUAUUAAAUUUAUAUAAAUUUUGUUGUGUAAUAAUGCCUUUUUGUGAGCUCUAUCUAUGCAUGACUUACCACUCUUUUUAUUCAUUAUUUGUGUGCUUUUCAUCUGUUUAUGUUCUUGUUAAUGCAACCUUGGUUAUCAAUUGUUCUUGUAAUUAUUAUUAAAUAAUGAAUCAGU